GGGGACAGAGCAGCAGGAGCAGCGGGACAGGGCGCUGGGGCCGGCAGCAUGUGGGAGCUGCGCUCCAUCGCCUUCACCAGGGCCGUCCUCGCCGAGUUCUUGGCCACCCUGCUCUUCGUCCUGCUCGGGCUGGGCUCGGCGCUGAGCUGGCCGUCGGCGCCGGCGCCCGGCGCGCUGCAGGUCGCGCUGGCCUUCGGGCUGGCCAUCGGCACGCUGGUGCAGGCCCUGGGCCACGUCAGCGGCGCGCACAUCAACCCGGCCGUGACGGGGCAUCCCCCAUAUCCCCCAUCCCCUCACAGAACUCAGGCCUGGAAGGUGUUUUUCCUCCCGUUCCAGCUGCACAAUGAGACCACGACGGGGCAGGCGGUGACGGUGGAGCUGUUCCUCACCUUCCAGCUGGUGCUGUGUGUCUUUGCCUCCACAGACGAGCGCCGGGAGGACAACCUGGGCUCCCCUGCCCUCUCCAUCGGCCUCUCCGUGGCCGUGGGGCACCUCCUCGGGAUCCGUUACACCGGCUGCUCCAUGAACCCCGCCAGGUCCUUCGCCCCCGCUGUCAUCGUCGGAGACUUCAGCGACCACUGGGUGUUCUGGGUGGGCCCCCUGAUCGGGGCAGCCGCAGCUUCCAUCCUCUACAACUACGUGCUGUUCCCGCAGGCCAAGUCGCUCUCGGAGCGCCUGGCCAUCCUCAAGGGCUGCGAGCCCGAGCCCGACUGGAGCGAGCGCGAGGCGCGGCGCCGCCAGUCCGUGGAGCUGCACUCCCCCCAGACCCUGCCCAGGGGCAUGUCCGAGAAGGUGUAGCCAGACCCCCCUGCGCCCGGGGGGGCUGCAAACCUCUGGCGCGGUUUGGCCAGAGGAGCAUCUCGCCUCUGCCGCUGUCCCUUCGCUCCUCCCGGGGCGCUGGCGCCGGCUCCUCUCCUGGGGAUGCUGUGCUGGCCCCGCUCACCUCCCGUCCCAGCUCUCCCCACGCCCGGGGGGUUUCUGAUCUGGGGGAGAGCCAGUAAACCCCGACCCCGCAGGAACAAGGGAUCUCCCCAGGAUUCCCCCUUCCACGUCCCCCUGGCAGGACACGGAGCUUGGCUGGGGCUGCUCCCUCCCGGGGAGCUCCGAGGAGCCUGAGGAGUGUUCGUACCCUGGCUGUGGAGGUUUUCACCCCGUGGCUCACUGCUGCUGCACUCUGCUCCCGUCUCCGGUCCCUGCUCGGUUCCUGGCUCACACACGGAGCAGGGACAGGAGCA